AUGGGACUGCUCUUUCUCAGCCUCUGCACCCUCGCGGCGACGCGCUGGCACGAGCUUGACGGCUACUCCUUUGAGCGGUACCGCCAGGAGUUUGGAAAGAUGUACGCGACGGCUGAAGAGGCGGCAGCGCGUGAGGCCGCCUUCAACAAGAAGCUCAAGGAGGUUCGCUCGCACAACGCUGCCGGCCAUUCGUGGAAGCGCGGCGUCAACCACCUCACCGACCGCACGCCUGAGGAGCUCUCCGUGCUGCACGGCCUCGACCGCGCUCUCCUCUUUUCGCAGAAGCACGCUCUCAGCACCGCCAAGCCGGCGCGCCCCUUUACCAAGGCCGACGAGGUCCCGAGCGGCGUCGACUGGCGGCGGCAGGGCGCGGUGACGCCCGUCAAGAACCAGGGCCACUGCGGCUCGUGCUGGACGUUCGCCUCGGCCGAGACGGUCGAGUCGCGCUGGUUUCUCAAGACGGGGGAGCUGCAGGACCUCUCCGAGCAGUUCAUUCUCGACUGC